UGGUCUGGACAUCAGCGCCUCAUCCGCGCUUGCAGACUCCAGCCAUGGCGGGGCCUGAAUGGGAGUCCCUGGAGCAAUGUUUGGAGAAGCACCUGCCACCCGCAGACUUGAGGGAGGUGAAACGCAUUCUCUAUGGCAAGGAAACCAGGAAGCUUGAUCUGCCCAGCAGGGCUUUUGAAGCUGCCUCCGAAGGGGACUUUGAGCUGCAGGGGUAUGCCUUUGAGGCCGCAGAGGAGCAGCUGAGACCACCUCGGACCGUGCGUGUGGGGCUUGUUCAGAACAGAACUCCCCUGCCUGCAGAUGCCCCUGUGGCAAAACAGGUCACUGCGCUUCAUAGACGCAUAGAAUCCAUCGUAGAGGUGGCCGCUGUGUGCAGAGUGAACAUCAUCUGUUUCCAGGAAGCAUGGACUAUGCCCUUUGCCUUCUGUACGAGAGAGAAGCUUCCUUGGACGGAAUUUGCUGAGUCAGCAGAGGACGGACCCACCAGCAGAUUCUGUCAGAAGCUGGCAAAGAAGCAUGACAUGGUGGUGGUAUCUCCUAUCCUGGAACGAGACAGAGAGCACGGGGACGUUCUGUGGAACACAGCCGUGGUGAUCUCCAAUUCCGGAGCAGUCCUGGGAAAGACCAGGAAAAACCACAUCCCCAGAGUGGGCGACUUCAACGAGUCAACUUACUACAUGGAGGGAAACCUCGGACACCCCGUGUUCCAGACUCAGUUCGGGAGGAUUGCGGUGAACAUCUGCUAUGGGCGGCACCAUCCUCUCAACUGGCUCAUGUACAGCAUCAACGGGGCUGAGAUCAUCUUCAACCCCUCAGCCACCAUUGGAGCACUCAGUGAGUCCCUGUGGCCAGUAGAGGCCAGAAAUGCGGCCAUUGCAAAUCACUGCUUCACCUGUGCCAUCAACCGAGUGGGCAAGGAGUGCUUCCCGAACGAGUUUACCUCUGGAGAUGGGAAGAAAGCUCACCAGGACUUUGGCUACUUUUACGGCUCGAGCUACGUGGCAGCCCCGGAUAGCAGCCGCACUCCCGGGCUCUCCCGCACCCGGGACGGGCUGCUGGUUGCUGAGCUCGACCUGAACCUCUGCCGGCAGGUGAAUGACAUCUGGAACUUCAAGAUGACCGGCAGAUAUGAGAUGUACGCUCAGGAGCUCGCUGAAGUCGUCAAACCCAACUACAGCCCCAAUGUUGUGAAAGAGUAGCUGGAUUUUAGCCCCUGCCCGCCAAGGAGGGCACCUCUGCAAGUACAUCAGGCUUUACAAAAGCCCAAGUUCCCCCUGAUGAUGUCCUGAUAACACGGUUGGUUUAAAAAUGUUCCAGGUGGGGAGGGUAGAUUGAAGAGUAACUGCAGUGGGUAUGAGGUUUCCUUCCUGGCUGAUGAAAUGUUUUGGGCCUACACAGAAGUGAUGGUUACACAACACUGUGAAAGUACCCAUGUGAAAUGCCACUGAAUUGUAUACUUUAAAACGGCUAAAUCUAUGUCAUGUGAAUUUUACCUCCAUUAAAAAAAAAAAUCUCAGGCACUGAUGGUGCAGGUGGAUUUGCACUUAGACACAUGGGAUGCCCUAGUUCUGAGGUUCCUCUCUUCCUCUGUUUAGACCGUUGGCAACCUGAGGGUAAGGGUGGGAGCGUAUGUGCAAGUAGGGGAAGCUGAGGCUGAUCCAGAGUCAUUGAGCUAUUGGGUGGCUGUGGGCAGGGGAGACAGUCACUGGAUGUGUCAACAUGGCUCUGUCCCCACAUAUUCAAUCAGACGCUGAUCUGGGUGUUGCUAUGAAGGUAUUUUGUAGAUGUGAUUAAAGUCCAUAACCAGUCAACUAAGCAAGUGAGAUUAUUCUAGAUAAUCUAGGUAGGCCUGAUUCAAUCAGUCAAAAGGCCCUC